GUGGCAGCCGACCGUAGCGGUGCGUUCGUGUUUUUUUAAAAGUUGACAACAGAGGGAAGAAGAAGAAAAGAAGAAGAAGCGGCGGCAGACGACGAGCAGCAGCAGCAGAAGGUUCGGAGGUUCUGUGCGGCUUCACCGGAGGAGGAAUGGGCUGUAGUCAUAGCAAGAAGAAAAGCAAAGGCAAGAAGGCAGAGAAGUCACAAAAAGAGAAGAGUCUGCGAGAUGAAGGUAAACGCACGUCGGGGGAGCCGGACGUCUGCCUGGAGAAGCAGGUGGAGCGGUUCGAGUGGCAGCUGAGGAUUCUGAGGGAGGUGCUGUCGGCCGAUGGGAACGCGGAGAGGGCGGCGCUCCUGCGAGAACACGCAGACGAGGACGUGUGCGCCCUGGUCCUGAGCAUCCUGGACAAGGUGAAAACGGAGACGACGGCCGACUUAAACGUCCUUUAUGAACAGAAGAAUAAAACUGUAUCUGAAGAGCACGAGAGACUCCUCGAAGAUGUGCAGAGAAAACACGAACAAGAAAAAAAUCAACUGACAGAAACAUUUGAGGCUGCAGAGAAAAGCCUGAAGGGGGAAGUGGAGCAACAAGCUGCAGAGCUGCAGGUUUACAACGAGCUGAGGAGAAGAGUUGAGGCGUCAACAUUUAAGAAAGACCUGCAGAGGAACAUACAGGCCCAUGGCACCCCAGGUGCAUUCUGGGAGUCGGAGCAGGAGUCCCUGCUGUUUGUCAUCGAGAUGAAGAGCGAGCGUGUGCAGGAGCAGAGCAGGAGGCUGCAGCAGAUGGAGGCUCUGGUGGAGAAGAAUCUGGCUUUGGAGGAUCAGAUCAUCCACGUCCUGCAGCAGAACGAGGACCUGAGAGUCCGGAUAGACAACUGCCAAACUCUCAUCCAGCAGUUGUCUAGAGACCAGCGGGACCUGAAGGUGGCGCUGGAAAGGCAGGUGACUGUAAACCACACGCUUUCUCAGGAAAAAGAGCAGCUCAUGUUCAAGCUGCGACGCAGAGACUCGUGCUCGAGCCUCCACCUGCCCCCCGUGGUUCCAGAGAUCACGCCCUGAGGACUGUCUGGGUCUCUGUUCAGCAGCUGGUGCCGUGUUCAGGUCGGGAGGCUUCAACAGGACUGUUCCUCACCAGCUGACACAGGCUCGAAGACCUGGACACCUUGAACCCACUAAACCCCUCUAGACAAGAUUUGAAGCUGGAAUCUGAGUAAAUCCUGUACUGAGCCAGAACAGUAUGGACCUCGCAUCCUGUGGAUAAAGGACUGCUCUCCUCUUGGGCGUUUUAAUUUAAAUGCAGACCUUUUUACGGAUGGAUCGCUGUACGUUGGAGAAACAAGUGUUUGACCUAUAAAAGGAAAAACCGGUAUGGAUGAGCUAAGGGCCUCAGGUUCACCAGAGAAUCGUACCCCGCCCCAGAACCUGCUGGUACCUGAGAUUCACCGCUGCUUCCGUGCUCGUCAUCGUUAGCACAGACAUUUUUCAUCUGUCUUUGUAGGAUUCAUUAAGUGAAACUUAACAGUCACAUUUUCACGUAGCUUUUGAAUCUUUCUCAGCUGUUUGAGCUUCCUUCUCUUUGAACUUUGAGGUUAGUCGUUCAUGCUGAGGUUAACCAGGCCACACGUGCACCAGGCGGAUGCUUGAACUGACUCCUGUCGUGUUGGGUAAAGUUGAACUGCUGACUGCAGUUCUUCACUGAAGUGCCUCCUCCUCACGGACCUGAGUACCUAGUUACUGUAGACCAAUCGAUGCCUUUGACAGUUUCAAAGCCCUUGUUGCUGUGGCUCCUGGACGACCGGUUUCCACUGAAACUGCUGUUACAUCUUAGACUGAUGGAGGACUACACAAACUUGAUAUUUAGAGGCUGCAGCAAGAAAAUAAUAUCUGUAAUGUGCCUAUAGUUGUAACUAGAGAUGGAACACGUCACUGUGAUGCUGUUCCAGAUGUUCAGAUUCAUGCCCACACUCAUAGGCUCAUUUGGUGGGACCUCCUUUCUACCAGUGUGUCAACCCUAAGGAGAAGCCAAACAUCUGAGUGAGCAAAGUCAAACUACUUUUAGAUUUAAAUUCCUGAUGCAUCUGAAAUGUUCAGAAUCCUCCUUGAAACAUGGGAGCGUGAUUUGUAUGUGCAGAAAAGCCUAUGUUGUACUUCGCAGCAUGCUAAUGUUAGCGUGCUAACAGCUGAACAUGCUUAAAUGUGAUGUACCUAGCAACAUGCUAAUGUCAGCGUGCUAACAGCUGAACAUGCUUGCAACGUGUGUGUGUGUGUGUGUGUGUGUGUGUGUGUGUGUGUGUGUGUGUGUGUGUGUGUGUGUGUGUGUGUGUGUGUGUGUGUGUGUGUGUGUGUGUGUGUGUGUGUGUGUGUGUGUGUGUUAGCGUUCAGUGAAAAUGAAAGCUGCUGUAAUGCAUGCCACUUUAGCUCCUUAGUUCCACUGAUGGUGGAAGUUACAGUACAUUGUUUCAGCAAUUAUUGCCAGCGGGUUCCACCUGCCAAGCUAGCUGAUGAUUUCCCAUUUUGGUUCUUACUGAUCCAGAAGAGCCUGAAAAGUUGUACAUGUUUUUGACCAAAUAUUAGAAAUGAACUGAAAUGAAAGUUUUCUGAUUGGUUUGUAGCCACAUCAUGCAGCUCCAUCAGUUCAGCUCAGCAGGUUUCCUUUUCCUUGGUGUGAGCGUCCUUGUCCCAGCAGAUGAUUUUGCUCAUCAUGAUCAUCAUUUGAUUUUUAUUUCUUUCAUGGUCAAUAUUUAAAUUUAUUUUAAAGAAUAACAAAGAACUACUUGAUAAACAAUCAGCAAUUGCUGUAAACUGUACUUUUAGCCUUUAGAAGCUCGAUAACGUGGUAAAUGUAGAUACUCUUUUCUUAAUGACCGUUUGUGUUUGUAGAUUUAUUCAUAUUUGCCAAAAACAUUACUUAUUGUUUAAGAACUUUCUACUUAUGCACCAGCACUUUGACCAGGAUUUUACGAGGACUUUGUAUUAGAUGGAUUUUUCUUUUCUUUUCUUCUAUAAAUUUGAAUUUUCUCAUCUUAUUUUCUUGGCUAAAUUUGGGUAAAUAGAAAUAUGAUAGUUCUGUGUUAAAUAAAACUAAAAAAAUUACCAUUGUGACUUGUCUUUAUGUCUGUAGAGGAGUUGAUGUUAAACUUGUUCUGUACAGCAGAAAUGGAUUUUGUACUUGAGCCAGAAUUAAUUUCAAACAUAAAAUAAAACCAUUUUUUUCAAAA